CCAGGGAGGUGGGAAGGCCUCCAACUUCCUAGGGUCCCCUAAAGGAGCUGACCCUGGCUCUCCAGCUGCUCUACCGGGGACCAUGCCGCUCAUGCGAGUCCCCCAGGGGCUCCUCCACAGGGCCUCCUCUCCUGCCCUCACAGCUCUGCUUGUCUCAUCCCCUGGAGGACAGCAGACCAUGGGUUGGGUCCUGCUGCCGCUGCUGCUGCUGCUGCCGCCACCAACCACAUCCCUGCACACUUGUCACUCAGCAGGAUCCAGAGAAGCCUACAGCUAUGGGGUCAACCAACCAAAGAACAUCUCUGCCCCCAAGGGUGGCUCCGUUAGUAUCACUUUCAGCUUCUGCUACCCCUGGGAGAUAGCCAAGAAUCCCAAUGUGAAAAUAUCCUGGAGACGGAAAGAAUUCCAUGGGCCAUUUUUCUACAACCAGACCCCAGCUUUCACCCAUGAGGACUUCAAGGACCGGCUGUCUCUGGACUGGAAGAAGGGUCAGAAUUUCGGCUCCCUCACUAUCCGGAACCUGCGGGAGGAGGACAGGUCCACCUACUUCUGCCGAGUCCAGCUGAAUACGAAGAACGAAGGCGUAAAGCAGUGGCAGUCCAUCGAGGGGACUGCACUCACCAUCACCCCCGCCGUCAAAACCUCCAAAACCACCACAACUGGCAUCGAGGUCACAGAGAGCAAGAUGAGCCCAGGGUAUCAGUCCCUGAGUCUGGGAGCUACAGUAGGGGUGGCACUGGCCACUGCUGUGUUUGUAACUGCAAUUUGGGGACUGAUGGUCCUCCUCAGAUGGAAAAGAAGUAAAGGUCAGCCUACCAAAGUCCAAAGCCCAGUCAGUGAACUCUUCCCAAACACUGAGAAGCAAUACGAGAAUGUCGGGUAUACAGGACACGACAUAGACUUGAAAGUGAACCCCGAGGUAAGCAGCUCGAAUGUGGCCCUGAAAGAGGAUGACAACAUUGUCUAUGCCUCCCUCUUCCUCCCCAACUCAACCUUGCCAGGAGCAGCUCCCAGCCAAACUCUUCACAGGGGCUCCCCAGAAGAGACCCUAUAUUCUGUCCUGAAGGUCUAAAGAGUGGGAUUGAAUGAUGAUCUUAGAAUCAACUAUGCUCUCAAUGGGAACGAUCACAGCUUCCAAGAAUAUCCCAGGCUGGACACAGACAACUCAGAAAUCAGGAAGUUUGAAGGACACAAGGAAACCGAAGCAGCCAUCUACUCCAGUUCCCUCUUUUAACUUCCUAGCCCUUCCCCACAAAACCAAAUGUACCCACAGAAUUUGCCUAAAUGCAUAUGGGGAGAAAACGAUGUCACUUUCAACUUCUGUCUCACAAAGAAAGAAUGCUAAAGGACAACUCGUGCCCAAGCCCCCUCUCUUCUAGAAUUUUUUUCUCAGUGACUAUCUCAGGUCAGGAAUCAUAAAUCCCCAAACCCUGGUAGCCACCACAAAACCCACGUCUGCUUCUUCUGAUCUAACCAUCAUCUCUCACCAUAAUCACUUGCAUGCAUUCUAAAUGCUUUCCAUCACCUCAUGGAAACACCACUCCUACCUUAGACCAUGUACCCAUUUGAGUCACGAAAACAGAUGGUUAAAGUGCUCUCCCAAGGCCACAGGGCUAGCUAGCAUCACUGAACCAGGAUUUGAACCCAGACCUGCCCUUCUGGAGGUUCUCCGAGGACUUAGGUCUUACUGUCUUCCCCAGGAUCCUAUAACAUGCAAGCCUCCCAUCAGAGGCACUAAUGUGCCACAGUGACAUGUGGAGGGAAAGAAGCCAAAAUGAAGCACUGCUUAGAGACAAACCAAACCAAUCACGUCAGUAACCUGCUUUAUUAACACAUAAACUGCACAACUGAAUUGAACCUUGUAGCCAAUUAACAACCCCAACAGUUAUCUGCUCAGGGACCCCGAGAGACUCCUCACUGCUAGAGAUCAGCAGGGUAAGAGCACAGGACUACUCCUCAAAAAAGGCCGCGGGGAACCCCUCUGCAUCCUCUCCGUGCCGCGGCUCCCCUUGCUCCUUGGACUCUCCUCCAAUAUCUUCCAUGAGUUGCUCCAGGUCACUGGAGGCUUCAUCUUCAGUGGGGAUACUUUCAGCUUCUUUAGUUGGAGGCUCCUGGGGUCUAAGCCCUUCUUUUCCCUCCAGGGGACAAGCCCCAUGAGGAGCUGGUUGGGUUGGGCCCUUUGGCAUCAUUCUAACUUCCUUUUCCUGAGACAAGGUGGUUGCUAAGGCCUUGUUUUGGGGAACCUGGAAUUUUUUCUUAGGGCCUAAAUGGGGACAAAGUUCAGAGUUCUAUUAGGCAGGACUAUGCUGGCUUUUUACAAAUAAAACUCUAAAUUCCUAUUUAAAAAAAAAAAAACUCACAGAAAAGAUCUCAGUAUAAAGAAUAUGGGCUUUUGGGUCAGAAAGACUU